AUGUCUUCUGUUGAAGGUCAAACAGCCGUCAAUCUUACUGCUCCGAAGGACCAGCAGCUCCACCAUCAUGAGGAAGAUAUGCUUGCACAGCUGGAUGUUGCAGCUGGAGCCAAACCAAUUGUCCCACCUCAUCUUCUAGCCAGGCUUCAACAGCUUGGGUUGCCCGACAAAACUCAGCAGGACAUUGAAAACAAGCUUGCCGAGGCUGAAGAGCGACGCAAGAAACUCGAGGAGGAGCGUGUUCAAAAGGCCCACGAGAAUGUGAAGCAUGCCAAAGAAGUCUCGGAAAAAAUCAGGCAAGAUGCUGACUUGAGUCGUGAUGAAUCUCUUGAGAAACUCCGAGAAAAGCAAGAGAACGCUGAACGUGUUCGACAAGAGCAGCUUGAACAGGCAGAGGCUAGGCGCAAGGCAUUAGAAGAGGAAAAACGCCAAAAGCUGGAGGAGCAUCUCCAGAAGGUCAAGUCGAUUCGAGAUCGUGAUGCUGAAUCAGAAAAGACUCUAUAUGAACAACAAAGGACUGAACUGGAUCAAAAGAUGAAAGCUGUGGAACAGCGAAGGCUCGAUCUUGAGAAUGCACUCAAGGAAAAGAUGCAAGCCAGACAAGCCAUUGCAGAACAAGUUCGUCAGCGCCAACAAGAACAGUCUGCUGCAGCAGCAGACAAGUAA